GUUUAUCUGACAUAAAUAUCAUCUUGGAAUACGUUUGAGACACUUAGCUAUAGAAGCUCACAACAUACACGAUGAACUCUCUCAAUCCCAUCUCCCAACCCAAGGAGGAAGAGGAAAAGAAGCAAAGCCAAUCCUACUCCGAAUGGCUUCGCCAGCAGUACAGCAUUCAAUACGAAAGAUGGUACCCCUGGAUCGAAGACCAAUACUUGAAAUGGUUUGGAAAGGGCGAUAACAAAAACUCUUAUGUUACCAAAGAUACCCUUAACAAGUCUAAAGUCACUGGCAUCAAACAAGUCGACCAACUGCAAGAUGAUGUGCAUAAUCUCGUGGGCAACCAGCUCGGUGACAACGGAUUGCUUUCGCCCGUGGGCAAGCUAGUAUCUAAGGAAGGAAUAAAUCGAGCGGAGAGAAACGGGAAGGACGAGGAGGGACGAUAUGGAUUUGGCGGGGUUGGCUUUACAGGAAAGUAAUUCAUCGCUUGUUGACGAUGAAUGGGUUUGGGAAGACUGUACAUUAUUAGCCGUAAAGGAUAUACCUUAGUUUCUGUUCGUUUUUCUGUUUAUGAGCGUUCUGGAUGCCAUACGUCUACUAUUUUAUGAUAUCGGGUUAACUAGCAGUUCACCAUACUAAUUGAAUUACAGUCCCUUGCCCUGAGAAUGUCUACCAUGAGCGUGCUC